ACACAGAAGCAGCCUCUGCGGCCAGCCCUUCUCAGUCUGCGGAGAUGGCAGGUGAAAUCACAGAAACCGGGGAGCUCUAUUCUCCUUAUGUCGGGCUGGUAUACAUGUUUAACCUCAUUGUGGGCACGGGUGCGCUCACCAUGCCCAAGGCCUUUGCCUCCGCCGGGUGGCUCGUCAGCCUCGUCCUGCUGGUAUUCCUGGGCUUCAUGAGCUUUGUGACAACCACCUUUGUGAUGGAGGCCAUGGCUGCAGCCAACGCCCAGCUCCGCUGGAAGAGAAUGGAGACCCACAAGGAAGAGGAAGACGAAGACUCCUCCACAGCCUCAGACAGUGACAUCCUCACCCAAGACAACUAUGAGCGGGCAGAGAAGCGGCCCAUCCUGUCUGUGCAGAGACGUUCCUCAGCCAACCUUUUUGAAAUCACAGACCGGGUGGAAAUGGGGCAGAUGGCUUCCAUGUUCUUCAAUAAAGUGGGGGUCAACUUGUUCUAUUUCUGCAUCAUCGUUUACCUGUACGGAGACCUCGCCAUCUACGCCGCAGCUGUGCCCUUCUCCCUCAUGCAGGUGACCUGCAGUGUGUCUGGGAACGACUCCUGCGGUGUGGACACAGACGCCAAAUACAACGACACUGACCCGUGCUGGGGGUCCCUGCGCCGGGUGGAUGCCUACCGGAUCUAUCUGGCUGUCUUCACCCUCCUCCUUGGACCUUUCACCUUCUUUGACGUCCAGAAGACUAAGUACCUACAGAUCUUGACCUCUCUGAUGAGAUGGAUCGCUUUCGCCAUCAUGAUUGUGCUGGCCCUGGUGCGCAUCGGGAGCAGACAAGGAGAGGGGCACCCACCCCUGGCCAACUUGUUAGGGGUUCGGAACUUGUUUGGGGUUUGUGUGUACUCCUUCAUGUGCCAACACUCGCUGCCAUCCCUCCUCACCCCCGUCUCCUCCAAGCGCCACAUCACACGCCUGGUGUUCCUGGACUACGCGUUGAUCCUGGCCUUCUACGGACUCCUCUCCUUCACGGCCAUCUUCUGCUUCCGUAGCGACAGCCUCAUGGACAUGUACACCCUCAAUUUUGCAAGGUGCGACGUUGUGGGCCUGGCUGCCGUCCGAUUCUUCCUGGGCCUCUUCCCUGUGUUCACCAUCAGCACCAACUUCCCCAUCAUUGCCGUGACCCUGCGCAACAACUGGAAGACACUCUUUCACCGAGAGGGUGGCACGUACCCGUGGGUGGUGGACCGCGUGGUGUUUCCCACCAUCACCCUGGUGCCUCCCAUUCUGGUGGCCUUCUGCACCCAUGACCUGGAGUCCCUGGUGGGCAUCACGGGAGCGUAUGCGGGCACCGGCAUCCAGUAUGUCAUCCCUGCCUUCCUGGUUUACCUCUGCCGCAAGGACACCCAGCUGACCUUCGGCUGUGGAACGGUCAACAAGCACAGGUCCCCGUUCCGCCACACCUUCUGGGUAGCCUUUGUGCUACUGUGGGCUUUCUCCUGUUUCUUCUUUGUCACGGCCAACAUCGUCCUCAGUGAGACCCAGCUCUGACAGCUUGGCGUACCUGGCGAGAGGAGGCAGGGACAGCCCAGCGCCAGCCUCCCCGCCUCAAAGCGGUUUUGAACUGCCACCCAGUCUACAUGAGCACGCUAGACUGGGGCUCUCGGAGCAGGCCGCCGCCUGCAUCUCCAGCUGGUGUCCUCUCCCCACCCAGGCCUCGCCCUGCAAGACAGCCCUCCUGCCUAGGAGCAUGGCUGUUCCCGGAUUCUGGGAUGGAUCCAGUCUGUUACACACAUCCCUCCACCCCUGCCACUGGAGGCUGGCUCCCUUCUCUGUGCAGCGGGAGGGGGGUGGUGGAGACAAUGCUGGCAUUGCUGCUAUUUAUACUAGACCCCGUGUCCCCUCCCGCAUCCUCGACCGUCCACUAGCAGCUGCUGCCUCUUCAAAGGCAAGUUCCCAGGCCCUGGCUCUCCUAACCUGGCCUUCUUGUGCUGGGCAGGGCCCAUUUCCUGACAGUCCUGACCGUUGCUAAGUGUUCCUCCUGUGGGAGGCCUGGCCAGCCCUGGUGACAAGGACAGGAAGUGCUAAUUGGUACCGGGGUCCCUAGACAAGAGCUGUGAGAGCUUUCGCUGUGGGCGCUAGGUCUGCUGUGGCAGACACAUGAAGCAUCCCUUCCACAGGGUUUAAAGCCCUUGGCUUUGGGUCCCUGAAAGGGGCCCUCUGUUCCCUGGCUUCUCCUUUGGAGCCCAGGGACCUCCUGAAGUGCGGGGUAGCACUUGAGAAGCUGCCCUCGCCGCCCUACCCACACCCAUAGUGGCUGACUGCCCCUGACUUAGGGCAGGGAGAGAACAGAGUGCCCCCCCAAAAGGCCUGUGCCCAUAGCCCAGCUUGCUCCUGUGCUGCAUCGCUGCACUGAGGUGGUAGUGCCCCCAGGGGUGUGGUCUGGGUGCUCAGUGGCUGCUGUGGAGCUGGAGGGGGCGUCCACCACCAUAACUGUGGAAGGAGGCCGGGUUCCCAGCUGCCUCCUGUCCAGUCACGCAUGCACCCUCUAGGCCCAAUGCCUUGGAAUGAGCGAUUUAAUGAACUGCAUUUUCAAUGUGCCUUCUGCUUUGGGCACCAGGGAUCCCUCCCGACCCUGGCUUGCCCCAACCCUGGGCCUAGUCCUGUCCUGGACAGAGCUGCCUCUGGGGUAAAGGGUCUCAGACCCCCCCACCCCUCCUUCUUGAUUCCAGUGCCUUGCUCGACCCUCAUGAGGGGACUUGCGCCAGCCGCCCCUUCCCAUCUACAUCUUGCCAUUUAAAGCUUGAGCCCUACUAUGCUGUUGGAUAUCCUGUGACCCUGUCUACAGCUUUGUCACCACUGUCACACAUUAGCAGUCCUUAAGCAUCGUCAUUGCCCAUCCACAUGAAAAACAGACAUCCCUCUCCCCAUCUGCCGUGGUGGCGUCUUCCGAGAAGGCCCUGCCCCAGGGUGGGCCAACUGAGGAGACCAAUACAGCAGCAGCAGCAGGCCCAGGGAUAGGGAAGACUGCCCUUCCUCCCAUGCUCCGCUGUUUGCCCAGAACUCAAUUAAAACAUCUUUACUUACCCUUCUC